AUGCCUCUCUGUGAGUACUGCAGCGCUAUCGAAUUUGAGAUGCUUCGCUGUCCAACUAUCGAGGAAUUAAUAUCUCUCAAUGUCAAAUCGGGGAUUCCAGAUUCUUAUCCCUUCAAGUCAUCUUCUCAUAAAAGAGACAGACCCAAGUUUAGUCUUGGCUUUCAAUACCGCGUACGCCAAUCCUCAUCUGAAUGUCCUUUUUGUUCAGCAAUUUGCGAUGUUUUGUCUGACCAAAAAGACAAUCAUAUGCGCGACCUGGACUCCUUCGAAUGUGUUGCUUCUAUCGUAGCAUGUGCUCGUGUAGUACCCGUCAAGGCUAUGGCGUGGGGACCUGAGUGCGAAUUCAUGCAUUUGUAUAGGAUUGACUUGAUUUGGUAUCCGAUAGGAGAAGGAGAGAAAAUUGAUAAACCAGGACUUCGUACAGAUACUGAAACAUUCCCGUGGUACUUCAUAAAUGAUGCUUUUCAAACCUGCGACGGAGAAGUAUGUGAUAACGAUAUCAGGAUUGGGAAUGACAACCAGAAGGCGGCUGUCUUUUCUGGAAGGUUAAGACCGAAGAUCAUUGAUGCCAAACUUCCAGCUCAAUGGCUUCGAGAAUGCCAAGAUAACCAUGCGGAGUGUUCCCAUUCAAAGCUCCCAGAUCAAGCGCAGACAAGGAAAGAAAGUAAGAUUGUGGAGUUUCAUGAUAUCAAUAUUGCAUAUUUUGAGUAUGCAGCAUUGAGCUAUAUAUGGGGUGGCCCUCAAAAAACAGUUCUUUUAAAAGAUAACCGGAAAGCGCUCCAAAAAUCAGGCUCUCUCGAUGGCUGCGUUUCAAAGACUGUCCAGGACGCGAUGGGAUUUUCACAACAAUUAGGAAUCCAAUAUCUGUGGGUCGAUGCCCUAUGCAUAAUUCAAAAUGACGAUUCUGACAAAGCCACACAAAUUGGUAAAAUGGGAAGCAUAUAUGCCCAUUCAAAAGUCACUCUUAUCGCUGCUUCUGGGAAAAAUUCUGAAGCUGGAUUACCAGGAUUCCAAACUCCUCGAAUAGGGAAACAGACACAAACUCUCAUUUCUAGGGUUGAUACCCAGUUUUCUAUGAAGCUAAUGAGAACAUUGAACCCCCAUAAUAAUGGCUUCACAUUCUCACACCAGCUUGAUGAUGCUGAAUGGAGCCGGAGAGGAUGGACUCUACAAGAAAGAGCACUUUCAAGACGCAGUGUUAUUUUCACUGAUCAACAGCUUAUAUGGGCCUGUAAACAGUGCCAUAGAACUGAAGAGACGUACUGCGAAACUUCAUUAGCACACACAAGCUGGUUUAGGCUUCAAGAAACAGAAUACUUUCUCGAUACCUCCCUUCGCAGCUUCUUCGCUUCUGAUGAUGUUAUUGAACAAACUUGGUAUCGAUUUAGACUUCUAGUCCUUGAUUUCACUAAAAGGCAGCUUACUAAACCUGGGGAUGCGCAUGACGCUAUUCAUGCCAUCCUAGAACAAGUCAAGCAAUUAACUGGCGAUACUUUCCUAUGGGGAUUGCCUACAAUGAAUUUUGAGAUGGGGCUUUGUUGGGAACCCAGCUCACCACUCGGCGUCAGGAGAAGGAAGGAUUUGACGGUGUUGAAAACUACAUCUUUGAAUAGAAGAGUACCAUUUCCAUCCUGGUCUUGGUUGGGCUGGCAUAAUGCAAUUAGUAUACGUGUGGAGGAAAGGUAUCGAGAUCUAGGUAUGGAUCCCGAGAUUAUAUGCUAUGUACUUCGAAAUUCACCACUCCGAUUAAUUCGGGUACCAAGAAUUUCUUCGGACGUCCCUGGAGGACAAACUCGUUUUCAUCCGUUGCAAUCACAACAAUCUAGCCCAAAUGCGAUUUCAUUGAAGGACAUUCCAAAGCACUAUCCAGACUUGGGAAUUGACAAACUUGACGACAUCCCAGAUGACCAACUCAUAUUUUUCUGGGCGGAAGUCGCUCAGUUCGAGGUCUCGAAAAUCUUGACGAUGAAGACCGAGAGUUCCAAAAAUACACCAUGGGAACCACGAUAUACCUACAAGUACCGUGAUAUCAGGGAUACGAAUGGCAAUGUGGUUGCGCAAACAGCAUAUUGUGAUUUCGAAGAAGAAAAUACGCGGGAAGAUGGAACAUCAAUUAUAGAAGAGCCUGGAGCUGGUGGCGGUACUUACGAUUUUAUCCUAAUUGCCAACAAUAACCCACCAGAUCCGGAAUCUAAACCUUCCAAAAUUGUAUUGCAGGUCGAGAGGAAGAAUGGAGUCAUGUAUAGGGUCAACAAUGCAGAAAUACCAGAAGAAGUUUGGAAAAGAUCGGAAGCAAGAAGGAUGCUAGUGGCUCUUGGGUAA